AGCAGCUCCAUACACCAGAACGAGAGAGCCCUCGUUUAGGAAGGGACACGUCAUUUUUGACACGGCGAUCAAAACACUGCACGAUACUUCUGCUUCAUUUGGCUCGAAACUGUGUCGGAGCAGCACAUCACUAUUCUAACCCCACAUUUCCAUUACAGCCACAACAUUAGGACCAAGAUUACGAUGGAAAGUUGCAGAUCUGGAGAACAACGCAGCUUCGUUGACUCUGUGAAGGAAGAGAGUGAAGAAGAGCAGCAGCUGGUGGUUAAAGAAGAGGUUCCUGAAAUGAGCAGUUCCAGUUUGGACCAGCAGAACCUCACAUGUUCCCAGGUGAAGAAGGAAGAGGAGGAACAGUGGAUCAGUCAUUCUGAGAAAAAUGAAGUUGACGAGAAACCUCAGUUGGCAGAAGUUCAUCACAUCAAAAGUGAAGACAGCAGACAGACAGAAACUCCAACUAGCAGCUCAGCUGAACAGAUGAAAACAGAAUCUAAUGGAGAGAUAAGUGGAGGAACAGAACCUAACAGAGAACCGAAUCCAAAUCCUAAUUUACUCACAAAUAUUGAAGAAAGACAUUCAGCAUCUUCUGAGACUGAAGUCAGUGAUGAGAAGGAAGAGAAAAAUCUAUCAGGUUCUGGAUCUGAAAAUGAAGACAAUGAUGAGAGUGAAGAUGACAAUAUAUCAGGUUCUGGAUCUGAAAAUGAAGACAGUGAUGAGAGUGAAGAUGACAAUAUAUCAGAUUCUGGAUCUGAAAAUGAAGACAGUGAUGAGAGUGAAGAUGACAAUAUAUCAGGUUCUGGAUCUGAAAAUGAAGACAGUGAUGAGAGUGAAGAUGACAAUAUAUCAGAUUCUGGAUCUGAAAAUGAAGAUUGGAGGGAACCCAGAACACGUCAGUCUGGUGUAAACAGCAAAGUGGGACGUAAAGCUGCCAAGAAGGCCUUCAGCUGCCCUGACUGUGAUAAACAGUUUGUGAGGAAGCAGAUGUUCCAGAAACAUAUGGCAGGUCAUUCAGGAGAAAAGUCUUCCAGCUGUUCAGUUGAGAAGAAUCACUCUAGAGGGAAGCAAAACAGUGAUGCACAGAUGGGAAGGAAAUCCUUUUCUUGUGACGAUUGUGGUAAAAUCUUUCAGAAACUAACUGCUCUUAAAUCUCAUAUGAAAAUCCAUCGUAGUAAAAAAUUAGUUGUUUGUAAAGAGUGUGGUAAAAGCUUUCGCUCUCAGUUUCAACUUAAAAAUCACCUGACACUCCACACAGGAGAAAGACCUUUUGCCUGUGAUAAAUGUGGCAAAAGGUUUAGCUAUAAGCUUCUCCUUCAAAGUCACAUGGUUUGCCACAGUAAAGAAAAACCAUUUGCCUGUGAUAAAUGUGAUCUAAAGUUUAGCCGGAAGAUACACCUUAAAAUUCACAUGACCAUCCAUAAGGGAGAAAAACCAUUUGCAUGUAUUGACUGUGGCAGAUGCUUCAGACUUAAGAGUGAUCUAAAAGGCCACAUGACAACCCACUUAGAUGUAAAACCAUUCAUUUGUGGGUAUUGUGGUGUCAGAUUUACUCGUAAAGCAAGUCUGUGCCUGCAUGUUAGACACCACACUGGGGAGAAUCUGCUGCCAUGUGAUAAAUGUGAUAAAAAGUUUGCUCGAAAGUUUCACCUUCUGAGACAUAUGCAAUUUCAUGCAAAAGAGAAGAAUGUGGUGUCUGGAAAGGGGAACUUUGCUUGUGAAGAAUGUGGAAGACGGUUUGUCCGGAAGCGUCAUGUUGAAAGACAUAUGGUUAUUCACACCGGAAAGAAACGAUUUAGAUGCAAUAUUUGUUUGAAGACGUUUACUAGAUCUGAGAAUCUGAAGAAACACAAACUGAAAAUUCACAAUGAUUAGAGAUUUCAGUUCGUUUGAAAAGAUGUUCUGUGAAAAUACCACAGCAGCUUACAUUUUGUUUCCUUUUACUAACAACUAUGCAAUAUAUAAAUA